AUGCUAUCGCGCAGCUCCCUCCGAGCUGCCACCCAAGGCACUCGAAAUGCUGCCCUCACUCGAUCUGCCGCCUUCCCCGCCAUCAAAGCUCAAUGCGCCAACCCCAGUAUCUCCGCAUUGCCCUCGGGCCGCAGACACGUCUCGAUGUACGGCUACACGCAAGCCAAGGCACUGAUGUACUCGAAAUACGGCGAGCCAAAGGAUGUCCUUAGCCUGCACAAACACUCCAUCUCCGCCCCCCACGGCUCCCAAGUAAACCUCCGCCUCCUCGCCGCGCCCAUGAACCCAGCAGACAUAAACCAAAUCCAAGGCGUCUACCCCAGCAAGCCAGCCUUCCAAACCAACCUCGGCACGCCCAUCCCCUCCGCCGUCGGCGGCAACGAAGGCGCCUUCGAAGUUCUCUCAACCGGCGCAAACGUGAAAUCCCUCACAAAAGGCGACUGGGUGAUAAUGAAAAAAACCAACCAAGGAACCUGGCGCACACACGCCCAACUCGACGAGUCCCAACUCAUCCGCAUCGAAGACAAGACCAACCUAACCCCGAUCCAAAUUGGCACCGUCUCCGUAAACCCCGUCACAGCCUACCGCAUGAUCCGCGACUACUGCGCCUGGGACUGGAUGCGCGCCGGCGAAGAGUGGCUCAUUCAGAACGGUGCGAAUUCCGGCGUCGGGCGCGCGGCUAUUCAGCUUAGUCGUGAAUGGGGUAUUAAGACGCUGAACGUUAUUCGGCAACGGCCCACGGCGGAAGAAACGGAUGCGCUGAAGGCGGAACUCAAGGCUCUAGGCGCGACGGUCGUGAUUACCGAGGAGGAAAUGCUAGGCGGGAAUUUCAGGGAUAUGGUGCAUCAGUUUACCAGGCAGGGGAAGGAGCCUAUUCGGCUUGCGCUGAAUUGCGUGGGUGGGAAGAAUGCUACUGCGCUGGCGAAGACGUUGGCGCCGGACUCGAGGAUGGUUACGUAUGGGGCUAUGUCGAAGCAGCCUGUUGCGUUGCCGAGUGGGUUGUUGAUUUUCAAGAAUCUUUCUUUUGAUGGUUUUUGGGUUAGUCGGUGGGGAGAUAAGAAUCCUCAGUUGAAAGAGAAUACUAUUAAGGAUGUUCUUGAGCUGACGCGCUCGGGGAAGUUCCGCGAUAUUCCUGUUGAGAAUGUUGCUUGGGGGUGGGAGAGUGAGGGUCCUGCGUUGGCGGAGAGUGUUCAGGGGACUUUGGGCGGAUAUCGUUCCGGUAAGGGGGUGUUUACUUUUACUGGGGGCGAUUAA